GCUGUAUUGCUGUAUAAACGUUGAGGAUAUACAACGCGAAAAAGACCCAUUAAUAAAUAAAAUUAAAAUUAAUUGCAUAUUCAUCGACAGAAUAGUAGGGAUAAAUAGCAGAAGCUAGAUAUAUUGAGCAUACGCAUCGAUCGCAUUGAAGAAAAUGGACUGCAAGCAUUGAGGUCUGGACUUGCAAAAAUAUUUUCGAUAAUGUCAUAAAGUCUUUCUUUCCAUAAGCUUAUAACUUGACGCAGAUAAAAAUCACACACACAAGAGCCUGAUCGCAACAAUGGACGAAUUACAGAAAUUAGAACACUUAUCACUGGUGUCCAAAUUGUGCACCGAAUUGGACAAUCAUUUGGGCAUCAACGACAAAGAUUUGGCAGAGUUCAUAAUAGAUCUACAAUCAAAAAAUCCCACAUUUGAGACUUUUCGUAAGGCUUUGAUUGAUAAUGGCGCUGAAUUUCCCGACUCCUUAAUAACCAAUCUUGAGAGAAUCAUCAAAUUGAUGAAACCCACAAGUAAUGGGGGCAAUGCAGACAAAACCACGUUCGAGGGCAAAUCUUCAGACUCUAAUUCGAAAACAGAAAAGCUAGCUCUAAUGUUUCCGGGUUUGGCAAUGGCCAAUGAUAAAUUCAGCAAAACUGAUGCUCUAGAAGGAAAUUCGGAGAGUGACAGUGAAGCUGAUGAGAAAAGGGAGAAAAAGGAUAUUAAAAAGAAGAUUAAAAAUGACGAAUUAAAGGCAGUGGAUGAUGCCAUGUUGGAAUUGGAAGCCUUGGCUCCCGAAUUUGCUGCAAAAACAUCAAAAGUAGAAUCAAAGGAUAUAAAAAAGAAAUCGGAGAAGAGAUCAAGAUCUCGCUCGAGGUCAAGAGAAAGGCAUCGUGACCGUGACCGUGACCGAAAGAGAGAUAGAAGUCGAGAAAGGCAUAGAGAAUCGGAGAGUGUUAGAAGUAGAGACAAGGAACGUCACCGGGAAAGAAAUAGACGUUCUAGAUCAAAAUCGCGCAAUCGUAGUGACCGCAGAAGAUCUCGUUCCAGAUCUAGGGAAAGCAGCAGAAAGCAUAGACGUUCCAGAAGCCGUUCCCGUGAUCGUAGUGAACGCAAAAGGCGUUCAAAAUCGCGAUCUAAGGAACGCUCAAAACACUCCAGAAGAUCUAGAUCACGUGAAAGCAAACGUGACAAAAUGCCUCCGCCAGCACCGAUGGCCGAUGAUCCGGAACCCGGCAAGAUAUACAGCGGCAAAGUGGCAAAUAUUGUACCUUUUGGCUGCUUUGUUCAACUUUUCGGUUUAAGAAAACGUUGGGAAGGUUUAGUGCACAUCUCACAACUACGCUCCGAAGGUCGCGUUACUGAUGUUACAGAGGUGGUAAACAGAAAUUCAACAGUAAAAGUUAAGGUUAUGUCAGUUACGGGCCAAAAGGUUUCUUUGUCAAUGAAAGAAGUCGACCAAGAGACAGGUCAGGAUUUAAAUCCUUUGUCACAUGCACCUCCGCCAGAGAACGAACUAAGAGAUCGUAAUCCUGAUAGGCCAUUUGGGGGUGGUACCUCGCUGCUCAAUUUACAAGGCGGCGCCGACAAUGAUGAAAGCGAUUCCCGCAAAAGAGUUACCCGCAUCUCAAGCCCCGAACGCUGGGAAAUCAAGCAAAUGAUAAGUUCUGGAGUAUUGGAUCGCAGUGAGUUACCCGAUUUUGAUGAGGAGACUGGUCUGGUACAUAAGGAUGAGGACGACGAAGAAGACAUAGAAAUAGAAAUUGUUGAAGAAGAGCCUCCUUUCUUAUCCGGUCAUGGCAGGGCCUUACAUGACCUAUCCCCUGUGCGAAUAGUGAAAAACCCCGAUGGGUCUCUGGCGCAAGCGGCUAUGAUGCAGUCAGCUCUCUCCAAGGAACGCAGAGAACAAAAAAUGUUGCAAAGAGAACAAGAUAUGGAUGCUGUUCCCACGGGUCUAAGCAAAAAUUGGAUUGAUCCCUUGCCAGAUGAAGAUUCUAGUCGCACCUUGGCCGCCAAUGUCAGGGGAAUGGGCUCGGCUCCCAUGGAAGUGCCUGAAUGGAAGAAACAUGUUAUUGGUGGCAAAAAGUCUUCGUUUGGCAAGAAAACAGAUAUGUCGCUGGUGGAGCAAAGAAAGUCCCUGCCCAUUUACAAGCUACGUGAUGAUUUAAUCAAAGCUGUGACCGAUAAUCAAAUUUUAAUUGUCAUCGGUGAGACUGGUUCGGGAAAAACUACACAAAUCACCCAAUAUUUGGCAGAGUGUGGUUUCACAAAUCGUGGAAAGAUUGGUUGCACACAGCCUAGGCGUGUGGCCGCAAUGUCUGUGGCAAAAAGAGUGGCAGAAGAGUUUGGUUGUCGUUUGGGACAAGAAGUGGGCUACACCAUUCGUUUCGAGGACUGCACCAGCCCCGAGACUGUUAUCAAAUACAUGACAGAUGGUAUGUUGCUGCGUGAAUGCCUCAUAGAGGCAGAGUUAAAGUCCUACUCUGUCAUUAUGUUGGAUGAAGCCCAUGAACGUACCAUUCACACCGAUGUACUCUUUGGUCUUUUAAAAACCGCUGUACAAAAACGACCAGAAUUGAAGUUGAUAGUAACCUCGGCCACAUUGGAUGCUGUAAAAUUUUCCCAGUACUUCUUUGAGGCUCCCAUCUUCACCAUACCUGGUCGCACAUUCCCGGUGGAGGUGUUGUACACCAAAGAGCCAGAGACUGAUUAUUUAGAUGCCUCUUUGAUAACGGUAAUGCAGAUACAUUUAAGAGAACCACCGGGUGACAUUCUACUCUUUUUGACUGGCCAAGAGGAAAUCGAUACCGCCUGUGAGAUUUUAUAUGAAAGAAUGAAGAGUUUGGGUCCAGAUGUACCAGAACUAAUUAUUCUACCGGUAUAUUCCGCCCUGCCAUCUGAAAUGCAAACCAGAAUUUUUGAUCCGGCACCGCCGGGCAGUCGUAAAGUGGUAAUUGCCACAAAUAUUGCCGAAACAUCGUUGACCAUAGAUGGUAUUUUCUAUGUGGUGGAUCCGGGGUUUGUUAAACAAAAGGUUUACAACUCGAAAACGGGAAUGGAUUCUUUGGUGGUUACUCCAAUAUCUCAGGCUGCUGCUAAACAAAGAGCUGGUCGCGCUGGUCGUACAGGUCCUGGAAAAUGCUAUCGUUUGUAUACCGAACGGGCUUAUCGAGACGAAAUGUUGCCCACACCCGUUCCAGAAAUUCAACGCACAAAUUUGGCUACCACUGUUUUGCAAUUGAAGACUAUGGGCAUCAAUGAUUUGUUGCAUUUUGAUUUCAUGGAUGCCCCACCUGUUGAAUCUCUGGUUAUGGCUUUGGAGCAAUUGCAUUCACUAUCGGCUUUGGAUGAUGAGGGCCUACUGACGCGACUUGGCAGAAGGAUGGCUGAAUUCCCUCUAGAGCCAAAUCUUUCGAAAAUGCUCAUUAUGUCGGUGGCCCUACAGUGCUCCGAUGAAAUUCUGACCAUUGUCUCAAUGUUGAGCGUUCAGAAUGUCUUCUACAGGCCAAAAGACAAACAGGCCUUGGCCGAUCAGAAAAAGGCGAAAUUUAAUCAAAUCGAAGGCGACCAUUUGACCUUGCUGGCAGUGUACAACAGUUGGAAAAAUAAUAAGUUUUCCAAUGCCUGGUGUUAUGAGAAUUUCGUGCAGAUACGAACGCUCAAACGGUCACAGGAUGUACGCAAACAAUUGCUGGGUAUCAUGGAUAGACACAAACUGGAUGUGGUGUCGGCCGGUAAAAAUUCUGUGCGCAUACAAAAGGCCAUUUGUUCUGGUUUCUUUCGCAAUGCCGCCAAAAAAGAUCCCCAAGAAGGUUAUCGUACUUUGGUAGAUUCUCAAGUAGUUUAUAUACAUCCGUCGAGUGCCCUGUUCAAUCGUCAGCCAGAAUGGGUGAUAUACCAUGAAUUGGUACAAACCACUAAGGAGUACAUGAGAGAAGUAACAACCAUUGAUCCCAAAUGGUUGGUAGAAUUCGCCCCAUCAUUCUUCCGUUUCUCCGAUCCAACGAAAUUGAGUAAAUUCAAGAAGAAUCAAAGACUGGAGCCCUUGUAUAAUAAAUAUGAAGAGCCAAAUGCAUGGCGUAUUUCCAGAGUGCGCAGGCGAAGAAAUUAAGAAUGCAAAUGCAAUCGUUACAAUUACAUAUGUAUGUGGUUACACUUUAAGAAAAUAUAGUUUAAUGUGCAUUUUAUUUUCAAUAAAAUGUAAAAUUUUAUAAAACA